AUGGAAGAUAUUAAACAGGUUACUUCUUCUCCAAUAGGGUUGUUUAGUAAAAAUAUGGGUUAUAUGUUUAGGGUUUAUGGAAGAGAAAAGGUUGUAGCGAUCAAGAAGGUAGGCGCAAGAGGGUUUGUUGAUCAAACAGUUCAGCAGGUUGUAGUGAUCGAGGUUGUGAUCAACAACAGAAACAUUGCAUCUUCCAGUGGUAUUCCAAGAAACAUUACAAGCAACUCAGCAUCAGACAUGAUACCUUCUUCAUCAUCUACAAUUCCACCAAAUACUGUUAUAGCAUCAGACGAACCUUCACCAUUGAUAAGAAUGUCAUCAGGAAAGCGUAAAUUAGUAAGAAAACGACGAAACUUAACACCUAUACCUAUUAUUGAUUUGACAACAGAUGAUGAUAACGAGUUUGCUGAUAUCAUUGAUCAACAUUUAAAAGGUGUUUCAAAAGGUAAAAUAAUCGGGUGUCGAACGUGUAGCGCAAAGCUAUGGAAAGCAGAGGCGGAUAGGGGAGAACAGAAGCGAAAUAAACCUAACUAUUUCCUUUGCUGUUCAUACGGUAAAGUUUUGUUACCUGAUUUUAAGCAGCCUCCUGAAAUUUUGAAAGAUCUAUAUGUUGGCGUCAGUGCGAAGAGCAAAUUCUUUUUAAAAAACAUUCGGCGUUAUAAUUCUAUGUUCUCAUUUACAUCUAUGGGAGGAAGGAUUGACAAAACUAUCAACCGUGGAAAUGCACCUUAUGUGUUUCGAUUAAGUGGUCAAAAUUAUCAUACUAUUGGGAGUCUAUUACCUGAAGAUGGAAAUGACCCAAAAUUCAGCCAGUUGUAUAUAUACGACACAGAUAAUGAAAUAUUUAAUCGACAAAAUGCUGUUGGGGGCUCAAACACUUCUUUUACAAUAACUGAGUCAGCUUUUGAUGUUCAGAUCAUUGAGGAACUUACACUUAUGUUAGACACUAACAACGCUUUGGUUAAAAUUUAUCGACAAGCUAGAAAUUGUUUAAAUGAAAACCCUUACAUCGACUUGAAGCUUUGUCUAAUUGGUAAAAGAUCCAAAGAUGGUAGGACAUAUAACCUUCCUGAAGCUUCUGAAGUUGCAGCAUUAGUUAUUGGAGAUCUGACUCAAGCUGUUGAGAAUCGUGAUAUAGUAGUGAAAAGAAGAUCUGGUCGGAUUGAGCGCAUAAGUGAAUUACAUCCUUCUUAUCUUUCUCUACAAUACCCUCUUCUAUUUCCAUACGGAGAAGAUAUGUACAGGGUUGAUAUUCUUCAUAGAGGUCUCAAUCCAGACACGAACAGCAAACGUCCAAUGUGUACUAUGCGUGAGUUCUUUGCUUAUAGAUUACAAGAUCGUGUCGAUAAGUUUUCUUUGAUUCAUAAUGCAAAAAGACUUUUCCAACAAUUUGUUGUUGAUGCUUACACUAUGAUUGAGAGUGAAAGGUUGUUUUACAUACGGCGACAACAAACUCAUUUGAGGUCAGAAACUGUUCAGAAUAUUCAGAAUGCAAGUAAUGCUGGAAAAAAAGAUAUGUCAAAAAUUGGAACACGUAUCUUUAUUCCAUCUUCCUUCACUGGCGGUUCUCGAUAUAUGAUGCAAAAUUACUUAGAUGCAAUGUCUUUGUGCAAAUGGUUUGGGUAUCCAGAUUUUUUCAUCACUAUUACGUGUAAUCCAAAAUGGCCGGAGGUGCAAAGGUUUUUAAAAGAUACGACGAUAAGGCCUGAAGAUAGACCGGACAUUUUGUGUCGAAUUUUCAAGAUAAAACUAGAUUCCAUAACAAAAGAAUUGAAAGAAGGCAAGUUGCUCGGUAGAGUUAAUUCUGAUUAUAUUUUUGUUGUUGUACUCUUUUCAGGAAUGCCGAAUCAUAAGUUGGUUUUAAAAGUUGGUGUUCCUAUCAUGCUUUUACGUAACCUUGAUCAGAAAAACGGUCUGUGCAAUGGUACAAGAUUACAAGUCGUAAAACUUGGUGAUCGGAUUAUUGAAGCAAAAGUGAUUUCUGGUAAUAAUAUUGGUACUAGAACUUUUAUACCAAGGAUCAAUCUUUCCCCCUCUGACAAACGAAUACCUUUCAAACUUCAAAGAAGGCAAUUCCCGAUAGCUGUGUGUUUUGCAAUGACGAUAAAUAAAAGUCAGGGACAGUCGUUAUCUAAGGUUGGUUUGUUUCUAAAGCAGCCUGUUUUCACUCACGGACAACUAUAUGUUGCAGUUUCAAGAGUCAAAAGCAUGGAUGGUUUAAGGAUGUUAAUAUUAGAUGUUGAGGGGAACGUUACUAAUAAGACUACAAAUGUUGUAUACAAAGAGAUAUUCUCAAAUUUAUAG